ACAGCGUCAGCGUCCACCUUCCGUCCAGCGUCCAACAGUCAGCUCUGCCUUCUCCUAACAACCGCAUUUCAUUCCACCUGCUUCCCACCUCCCUCCAUGUCUGAAGAAGUCACUUACGCGGAUCUAAACUUCCAGAACUCGGGAAAGACACAGAAGAUCCAGGAGUUGGACACAGUGGAGCCCAAAGUGUGUCCGCUGCCUUCACACUUAUGGGUUAAAAUAGCCCUGGGUCUCACUCUCCUCCUCCUCCUCCUCCUCCUUGGACUAGGAAUCUUGGGGAUCAUACUUUAUAAAUUGCAAAAUAUCCAAGCGGAACUUCAGAGAAACGUGUCCCUACAACAAAUGGGGAUUGUCAACAGUUCUGAGAAGAUCCAGAACCUCUCUAUCACCGUGCAAACCCUGGCCACCUGGCUGGGUCAUGAGCUACGGAGAAAAGAGCCAGAGCACACGUGCAAUCCCUGUGCGCAGAACUGGAUCUGGCAUGCAGAUGCAUGCUACCUUCUACACCGCGUUUCUGGCACGUGGCAAAACAGCGUAAAGUCAUGCGCCGACCGCAACGCCAGCCUGCUGAAGAUUAACCACAAGGAUGCCCUGGAUUUUGUAAAGUCCAUGGGGUUAUAUGACUAUUGGCUUGGAGCAUCUCCUAGACAAGAUAACACAAACUACUAUGUGAGAGUGGAUGACAGUAUCAUGUCUGAUAUCUGGUUGAAGAACAACACCGCUGGCUUAAAUGGGAUAUUUUGUGGGUACAUGGCAUACAACGACCACAUUUCUUAUGAUUACUGUUUUAGACACAGAUAUACAAUCUGUGAGAAAAUGGCUGGUCCAGGGCAGGUAGAAAGUGUGCGAGGUUAA